UCCGGCUGAAUGUAGCUUUCUUCCGGCAAACUUCCUCUGAGUUUGUGUUGACAGUUAGCACGUGAGAAAACUUUAAAUGGAUUACAGUUAAAAGAUUAAUAUUUUGGGGCUAUUCUAUGUGUUAAACAUAUGCCAUGAAGGCUGCCUUUUACUGUACCCGAAAUUGAAGCGAUACCUGCCCGUCUUCUCAGAAUGGUAGGUUAACGCUGCUGUUAGUGUUAGUUAGCCAGCGCGCUAGCCGGUUAGCUGCGUAGGUUUAGCCAUUAUGUUGUUGAGCUGCUGCUGCAGCAGGCGGCUGGGACUGUAAUCAGUUUCAGCUCAACCCCAUCCUAAAAACUCACACACUCAUCUGUUAUGCUCUUACUCGUUCUGAAUAACCUCUGCGCUAUGGACACCGAAGCUAUUGUGAUCCGAAUAAAGACGCCAGUUGGAGACAUGGACUCUUCAGUGGACUGUCCUUCUCUGCUGAGCUUCAACGAUUUACUGGUUGCAAUCAGAGACGUCAUGCCAGAGGCGACGAUUACAGCAUUUGAAUAUGAAGAUGAGGUCGGUGACAGAAUCACAGUUCGGAGUGACGAAGAGCUCAAAGCCAUGCUGUCAUAUUACUGUAACACGGUGACAGAGCAGCGCAUGAAUGGACUUCUACCAGAGCCGCUGCAGAUCUUUCCACGAGCCGGCAAGACUCCUGGGAUCAGGAACAUCCACGGCCUCAAGGUGAAUACACGACCUGGAUCGUCCAGCAGCUGCGGACCUUCUCCUGCUGACUCUCUGCCCAGCAACAGUUUAAAGAAGUCCUCAGCUGAGCUGAAGAAAAUAUUGACCAAUGGGCAGAUAAACGAACAAGAUAUCCAGUACCAGGAGCAACUUGGCCAUGGAAAUGGAGGCACCGUGUACAAAGCAUACCAUCUCCUGGGGAAGAGGGUUCUGGCAGUGAAGGUAAUUCCUCUUGACAUCACAGUGGAGCUGCAGAAGCAGAUCAUGUCUGAGCUGGAGAUUCUUUACAAGUGCGACUCUCCGUACAUCAUUACGUUCUACAGUGCUUUCUUUGUGGAAAAUAGAAUAUCAAUAUGCACUGAGUUUAUGGAUGGUGGGUCUUUGGAUGUGUAUAGAAGAAUUCCAGAGCAUGUCCUGGGCCGGAUUGCCGUGGCAGUGGUGAAAGGACUGACUUAUUUGUGGAGCCUGAAGAUUUUACACAGAGAUGUGAAGCCUUCCAAUAUGCUGGUGAACACUCGAGGCCAGGUCAAACUCUGUGACUUUGGAGUCAGCACACAACUGGUGAACUCCAUCGCAAAAACAUAUGUCGGAACCAAUGCAUAUAUGGCGCCGGAACGAAUAUCAGGGGAGCAGUAUGGCAUACAUUCAGAUGUAUGGAGUGUAGGAAUCUCAUUCAUGGAGUUGGCACUUGGCCAUUUCCCCUAUCCACAGAUUCAGAAAAACCAAGGCUCUUUAAUGCCUCUCCAGUUAUUGCAGUGCAUCGUUGAUGAGGACCCCCCUGUGCUUCCAGUUGGUCAGUUCAGUGAGAAAUUUGUGCACUUCAUAACACAGUGCAUGAGAAAGCAACCAAAAGAACGUCCUGCUCCCAAUAAUCUUAUGGACCACCCCUUUAUCAUGCAGUAUGACGAUGGCAAUACAGAGGUGGUGUCCAUGUGGGUAUGCAGAAGCUUGGAGGACCGCAAAUCCCAGCAAGCUCAGGGACUAAUGUGAGGGAUCAUGAGAAAUGGAAUCCAGUCGUCAUAUUUCGUUCUCCACUGAGUCUUUAGGGGUAUAUCGGCUGAGCUUACUUGAAGGAGACCACCCGACUCCAUGCACAGAGCCCAGAGCACUUAGGGACUUUUCAUUGCAGCCAUUGGCUUCAAUAACUCUGAAUCUACAGCUUGAUUUUUUUAUGUGUUUGUGUUUUUUUUUCCUACUGCUUUAGCAAAUUGCAGUGAGAAUGUUUGAGGAAAAUGGCCUCUUUGCAGAUGGACCACGAAGCGAGGGCUACUUAAAGGGUGAUCCAUAGCAAAAAUUUCACAAAACAGGAUAGGCUAUGACACUCUAUAAGGCAGCAUAAGCAUUUUGCAGUUUGACCCAGAUGAUAUCACGUCAUGGGAAAACCUUGUGGGUAUAUUUUGACAAGCUUGGACAUCUCGUGCUCAUACAUCUGCCUCACAUUGUGCCUGAUGAAGUUCAUCAAGCUGAAUUUACCCUGAUCGGACUGCAUUUGCCAAGCACUAACCUGGGCACAUUUAGCACUGGUGUAUUUUCUUUCAUGAAAGAUUAGCAUGAUGCUAAGACAUGGCACAUUUCUUCUGUAGUAGGCAAUAUUAGUGCAGUGCUAAUACAGGACAUGCACUUGUAAACAGAAAUCAGAGCAGAGCAUCUCAGGAAACAAAUGUUAGCAUGAUGCUAAUGUAUCCAUUCUCCUUGAGACCUCCUGAUAGAGCAUUGUGCAUGCAGUAGUUUAUAUUAUCUGAGGAAUUUCAGUUCUGCCAAAUGGUGAAAACCCAGUAUGUAACAUUGCUACUGUACAAUCAUAGACAAAUAUUACUUAACUAUUAUUUCAGCUUGUGGGGAGAAUUUGAUCUAUAACACUCUCGCAAGUACAUAUUUGAGUAUGUGAAUGCCAAAGCCAGUAUAUCUUAAGUGUUUAACUGAACUGACCCCACUAAUCUCUUAGGAAUCCAUACGGCAAAUCAGUAUCACCCUCCCUUCCCACUUCUCCAUGUAAUCAUUCCACAGCAGGGGGUAAAUCAUUUCUGCUCAUUGUUCUAUUAACCACUGACAGCUGCUGACUAACGUGGCUCAUAUGUUACAGAUGCAUCUACCCGCCACAUCUGCCUGUUAUAUUAAUACUGUAUGACCGAUGUGUAAUUAUUUGUACUUCUUUGUUUUUUGGUCCAAAAAAAUGAAGUAAUGGAGGAGUGGUAUACACUAUAUAUCCAAAAAUAUCCAGACAUGGUUUCUCAUUUGUGAAUUAAGGGGCUCCCAUUGCUAACACGGGUGUUUAUCUGCACGCACAGCUUGUGUAAUCUCUAUAUUAAGGCAUUACCAGUAGAACGGGAUGCUCUAGAGCAGUUACAUAUGGGUCUAAAGUCAACAUGCUCAAUGCCAGGCAAUGGCUAGUGGGGUGUAAAGCCCCCUACUUUUCUCUACAGUAAUGAAGCAUCAUCCAGUACCUCUGGGAUGAGAUGGAGUGGUGUUUGUGAUCUAGUUUGUGAUACCUGACCAAUCAGUUUCAACAUACAGUACUAUGCAAAAGUGAUCAAUUGAAAACGGCCACUAAGUACAAGUUAUUCAUUUUGGGGAGAUUUUUCUGAAGAGAUCCACUUGCAUAACAAAGGGGAAAGUCAAAGGAAAAGCUUUCAGAAACUAAAGUUUGAGAUAACUGAGCUGAGCUGAAAAUAUUCUGUACUGUUUCUUCAUUUAUUUAAUUUCCACUCAAAACAGCCAUUAAUACAAGUUUUUCAUUUUUCUAGAUAUUCUUUCUGAGGAGAUUAGAUAUAAGAUAAUUUACUUGCUUAAAGAAGGAGAACUUCAAAGGAAAAAUCAUGAAAAGCAAAAGAUUAAAUAAAUAAAGAGACAAAAAGAAAAUGUGAUUCCUAACAACCAUGUAAAACCUUGUGGACCACCAAAAUUUAGAUAAACAGUGUUUAAAGUUUCGAGAGAGAAAGAAAUCAAGCUCCACUCUUGCUACAGAUCUGAAAAAAAUACACAGGUGUUUUUGUCCAUCAUUCCACUGUCAGAAGACACCUCAACAUUGCGUCCCUGAAUGGUUGUUUAGCCGUCUAAAAGAGGUGACUGACAAGUAGGAAAUGGAUAGAAAAUGUAGAAUCAAAGAGCAAAGCUGCUGGUGUUCUCAGAACAACGCACUAGCCACCCUGGAGUCCAGACCUCAACAUCACUGAAUGUGUUUGGAACUACUUGGAUUAUGAGAAGCAGAAAAUGCGACCAACUCCAAAGACUGAAAUUUGAAAGUUUCAAAAACUUUGAAAAACUAAUAGAGUAAAUGGAGUAAAGUCUACCCAAAAGAAUGAAGGAUGUGAUAAAGUCAAAGAGUGGACAGUAAAUUUCUUUAUCCUGAUGCUGAGAAAAAGAAUAACUUGUACUUAAUGAAAGAAGGAUUGUCUCUGCUUUUAGCACAGUGCUGUAGUAUAAAGCUUUCCUAUUAGAGGGAGUGGCUGUUACUAUAGACAUGUGAACAAACUGCCUUGUUUUUCAGAGGAAACAGAUGAGUAGAAGUCUACAGACUUUUGGAAAUAUAGUCUAUAUGAAAGUGUUAAGGACCCCACACCAGGGAGAUUCAAAAAUCAGUAAUAGAGAAUAUCCCAGUAAGAUUUUAUUGUAGUACAGCAUUAUUUCCCUAGACUAAUGCUAUUUAAAGGAUUUAGAUGGGUUUAUUUUUAAACAUGUUACCAAAUAUUCAUUCACCAAAAGCAUCUUCAUGCAUACUGUGUGAAGGUUUUUUUGUGUUUUAGGUUUUAUUUAGUAUUUAGACUUUAACCCAAGGACUGAGCUACGCUAUAUCCAACAGCCAUUUUCUUUGUAAAAACACAAAGUGGUUGUGCUGAAUUGCUCUCUGAUAUUGCCGUCUGACCUUGGCCACAUAAUGUAAAGCUGUUAAAGUUUGCACACCUUAGACUGUUACUGAGUAAAUGAAUACCGUUGAAAACUUUACUGCCUCUGUUGAUGACAUCUUCUCAACAGUUCACUUCACUCUCUUAAUAUAAAAGAACUAACGGAUUAUUCUAGCCAUUAAAAGACCGCUUUAAUGGGUGCGGUUGAAAAUGGUCUUUCUGUGAAGAUAUUCAAAAGCGUUUCUGUAUCUUUUUUUAAGUGCUUAUUUAUUUGUCUGAAUCCAUUUGUAGGUGAACAAACAGCACAAGCUUGAUCAUUAUUGUGAAGAAUAAUGUGACGUUUUCUCUCUUCUAUCAGCUGAAAUGGUCUUGCUCGAGAAAAUAUUGUGGCUAUAACAAGACAUUAGGGUUAAUAUAAAAUACAGCUAAGUUCAAAAAUGA